AUGUACAAAUACGUGUUACACGAAACAGCGCAGUGGCAGAUGCUGCGGGUUUAUUUGCCUCACCUGAAAUAUUCUCAGUGGAGAAGCAGGUCAUUAUGCCAAGUUCAUCAUUACAGCUCGUUUGUCAUGAGGUUAUGUUCAUUGACUGAUGAACAUAAACUAAGCUCAACAGUUCUGAAUUCAAGCUUGUGUGGAGGAUACAAGCUUAAAAAUACCGUUACCUCCCUUAUUACUUUCAUCCAGGCACGAACUUUUUACGCCUCUAGGCAGUUAAAUGGUCAUUUGUUGGAGAUGUUGGAAGAUCUGCAGAAGAAAAAGAGAGUGAAGUCCAAGCAAGAUCAGCUCGUGAGUUCUUUCAACAUUGUGCGACAAAUACAGAUGGAAACAGACCUCGAUGAGUUGCUUGAGAUAUACAACGCCUUGAAGAACGAGACAAACGUCGAUCAUGAGAACUUAGCUGUUCUAUCGGCUCAAGUGGCACUGUUCAAUCGGUUCGCGUUUUUAGCGGCACGCAAGGACGGACACAGGCUCACCUUUGAUGACCGUGUGGUGGCUGCCACAGGACACUUAGCCAAUAUUAUCAGAUGGAAGAGUAAACUGUGUGAGCCCACCCAUUUGGCAACUACUGUCCAUGGUAUUGCAACUCUUGGACUCAAUGAUAUUUCAUAUUUUAUUCACUUUGAAAGAGAAAUCAAGAGUCGUGAUCCCACUUUGUUCACAAAUGCUGACCUUGCAAUGAUUCUCUGGGCUUAU